UCCUCCCAAAAAAAUAUCUUGUUUUCGUACCAAAAUAUUCAAACUCAUCUUCCCCAAAUCAAAUCCCCCAAAUUCAAAUCUCCAUUAAAUUAUUAUAAUCACCAAUUCAUAUUAUAUACCAUCCGUUGAAGAUAAUUAACGCGUCUUGACUCACUCAUCAAACAUGUCGUUGACUCCCACUGUUAACCUCAAUGAUCAAGAUCAGAUCGCCAAAUCAACAACAGGUGAAAUUCAUGUGAUCGUCGGGCCAAUGUUUGCCGGUAAGACUACAACUCUUCUUCACAGGAUCAGAUCUGAAGCCACUAAUGGCAGGAAUAUAGCACUGAUAAAAUCAAGCAAGGAUACCCGAUACGCGAUCGAUUCGGUCGUGACUCAUGACGGAACCAAGCACCCCUGUUGGCCACUCUCUGAUCUGUUGUCUUUCAAACAGAAAGUUGGAGAAGAAGCUUAUGACAAGCUGGAUGUUAUUGGGAUUGAUGAGGCACAAUUCUUUGGUGAUCUUUAUGACUUCUGUUGUAAAGCUGCUGACCAUGAUGGGAAAACAGUUAUAGUUGCAGGUCUUGAUGGUGAUUACUUAAGAAGGAACUUUGGUCCUGUUCUUGAUGUAGUACCACUUGCUGAUACUGUAACUAAAUUAACCGCUCGAUGUGAAUUAUGUGGCAAACGGGCCCAUUUCACCUUCAGGAAGACCGACGAGAGGAAAACCGAACUUAUAGGUGGGGCAGAUGUAUACAUGCCUGUCUGUCGUCAACAUUAUGUUAACGGACAUACGGUGAACAAAGGCGUUGCUUGACUACAUUCGACUCGAUGGUUGUCUUGGCUUUUACAAAACUGUUGUCGUCAACAUUAUGUUAACGGACAUACGGUUGGUUUGAUGUGUUGUACGUUUGUAACUAUGCUACUUUGUAGUUUUUGGUUUUGGUUUUGUCUGGUGUGUAAACGAGCCGAAUGUUCAAUAAACCAUUGGUGAACUAUUCCACAUGAA